AUGUUCGGCCUUGCGGGAAGAAGGACCGCCCUUGUCCGGUCAAAAUGUCUGACACCGAGAUCACUCCCGGCCCGCACCGUGGCGGUCAUUCAAUCACCUUGCGCCAACGCCAGGGAAUUCCACGCGACGCCGACGAAUGAGGCGUUCAGGCCGACGUGGAUGCCAAUGCGGGUGAAGACUCCUUGGAUUGAUGCAUUGACUCAGAGUCGUGAGGCUGCACGGGAGUCCAAGGAGGGUCUGCCGCCGGCGACGCCUGUGAAGCCGGAUCUCACGCCGAAGAAGAUGUCGGAUACCUACUAUAGUGCUAUUUUGCCUCUAGCCCAAGAUAAGUGGCUGUUGGAUACCUACCUCAAUGCCUCGGGGCAUAUCCGUCUUGGAUCCUUGGUUAUGGACCUUGACGCCUUGGCUGGUGUCAUUGCGUACCGCCAUACCGGUGAUGGUGUUAGCACUGUGACUGCCGCCGUGGACCGAAUCACGAUUGAGAAUCCCCUCAUGGAGAUCUGUGAUCUUGAGCUUAGCGGUCAGGUCUCAUAUGCUACCGGUCGAUCUAGUAUGGAAGUCUCUGUGCAGGUUUGCAAAGCACGUCCGGAAGGACAGCCUGCCAAGCCUGAGGAUGUUUUGAUCACUUGCGCAUUCACCAUGGUCUCUCUGGACCCCGCUACGAAGAAGCCGGUUCUAGUGGCUCCUCUUAUUGUCGAGACCGAGGAGGAGAAGGCCCUCUUCAAGAAAGGAGAGGAGAAUUACCUGACCAAGAAGGCUCUCCGCAAACGCAGUCUGCUGGAAAAGGCACCUGAUGAUGAAGAGUCCAAUUUGAUUCACUCCAUGUGGACCAAGGAGAUGUCCUAUCUCAACCCCCAAGUCCCGGUCACCCGCCCAGAAAACCAUAUCUCCAUGAGCGAUACCGUCCUCAAAUCGGCCAUGAUCAUGCAGCCACAAGACCGCAAUCGCCACAAUUUCAUGAUUUUCGGUGGCUUCCUUCUCAAGCAAACCUUUGAGUUAGCAUUCUGCUGCGCCGCAGCAUUCUCGCACACUCGACCCAACUUCCUCGCCCUCGAUCCCAGCACAUUCGAGAACCCCGUCCCCGUUGGCAGUGUGCUAUAUCUCCGCGCAACAGUGGCUUACACCGAGCCCCAGGAGCGCGAGGGCGACCCCAGUAAGUACACCAAGGUGCAAGUGCGUGUUGAUUCGAAGGUGCGGGAUGUGGAGCACGGCACGAAGAAGUCGACCGGCAUGUUCAACUACACUUUCCUUGUUGAGAAGGAUAUUCAUGUUAUGCCGAAGACUUAUGGGGAGUUCAUGCUUUGGACUGAUGCGCGACGUCGGGCACGCAAUGCGGCCGCUAUUGAUCCGGCGCAUAAGACGAGUACGCUGCGGAGUAUUCAGGAUAGUGUUACUGAGUAA